AUGGAUAUGUGUGAAAAAUUAUUUUGGAAAGUUUUCAAAAAUAAGGUUUUAAUUAAUCAAAUAUUAUAUUAUGUUCACAAUGUUGAAUGGAUUGAUUAUGAUAAUCAUUUACAAAUCAAUGCAAAUAAUAGAAUUAAAUUUAAAGAUAUUCACUCAUUUAAAUUUAUGAUUAAAAAUAAUCAAUGGGAAUUAUUAAAAAUGAAAAUUAAUAAUAAAACUGAAUUCAUUGAUAUAAAUAAAGACUCAAUCGAACUAUUAUUUACAAUAUUAACAAAUUUAAAUAAAGUUUUAGAAAAACAAAAUAAUAAUAAAGAAAAUGAAAAUGAAAAUGAAAAUGAAAAUGAAGAGAAUGAAUCAAUAGAUGAAGAAUUUGAACAAUUUGAAGAAAAAGAAUUUGAAGAAGAAUUUGAAACUGAAUUAGAGGAUGAUGAAAAAUUUCAAAGUAUUUUAUUAUUAACAAAUGAUGAAAUUAAAAUUAGAAUUUUAAAAAUUAAAGAGAUAAUAUCACUAUUAUUAAUAAAAAGAAGAGAAGAAUUUGAAAUUUGUGAUUUAACUGAAAUGGCAAUUCAAUGUAAUUGUUUAGAAGGUUUAAGAGUAUUAAUUAAUGAACCACAUUCAAUUGAAAUUUAUCCACCAUCUUUUAAAUUUGCAAUUUUAAAUUGUAAUUCUUUAAUUGUUAAAGAAAUCAUUUUAAAUUCGAAAUCAUUUUCAAAAUUAUUAAUAACUGAUGAUACAAUUAAACAAUAUUCUUUAAAAUAUGCAUUAAUGAAUUUUAAAGAUAGAAAUGGAAUGAUUAAUUUAAUAUUAGAUAAUCCAAUUUUAAUAUCAAAUUCAAUUUUAGAAUCAAUUAAUAAUCAAUCAAUUUCUUAUUUACAACCAAAAAGAUCUUUUAUUUUAAAAACUAAUAAUAAUGGUAAUAAUAAUAAUAAUAAUAAUAAUAAUAAUAAUAAUAAUAAUAAUAAUAAUAAUAAUAAUAAUAAUAAUAAUAAUAAAAGAGGUAGUAAUAAAAAUAAUAAUAAAAAUAAUAAUAAUAAUAAUUAUGAUGAUGAGAAUAAUAAUAAUAAAGAUGAAUUGCUUCCAUUAUCAUCAUUAAUUAAAUAUAAUGAUGAAACUAUUAAUAGAUUAAUGAAAUUAAAUUUAACAAGUAUAAAAAAGAAACAAUCACCAACAAUUAUUACUUGUAAAUUAAAUAUUAAAAGUUCAUUACAAGAAACAUUGACAUAUUUAAAAUUGAAUUUAAAAUAUUGUAAAGGUUCAUAUUAUCCUGAAAAUGGUAUACCAAGCUCAUUACAAACUCUAUUAAAUGAUGAAUCAAUAAAUGAUAAUGAAAAAUUAAAGAAAUUACAAAAGUUUAUAAUUAUAAAUUUAAAACCAUCAAUGGCUUAUUAUAAAUCUUUUGUUUUAAAAUAUAAAGAAACAAUACCAUCAAUGCAUAAUGAUAAUUAUUAUUAUUGCAGUAAUAGCAAGGAUAGUAAUAGUAAUGAUGAUGGUGGUGGUGGUGGUGGUGGUGGUGAUUUUAAUGAUAGAGAAUCAAAAUUUUUAAAUUUAUUUAGAUGUAUUUCAAUGGUUUUAGAAUUUGGUGAAGAUUUAUUAAAUCAAUCAAUGUUUAUUAUAAAUCAACCAAAUUCAAAAGUUGAAUGGAAUUCAUCAAUAUUGGAUAUUAUUGUUAAUAAUAAUACUUUAAAAUUUAAUAAUCCUUCACAAAUUGAUUGGAUUUUAAAUUGUGAUUUAGAUAUAAUCUAUUCAUUAAUUUCAAAUUCAAGAUUUAUUAAAUUUGAUACAUUGGAAACAGUUGAAAGAGCAUUAGAUCCAAUCAAUGGUUUGGUGGUAAAAAUUAAGAAAUUAAAUGUUAGAGGUAAAACUUCAAUCAUAUCAUUUAAUCAAAUUGGUGAUACUCUACUUAGAAAAGCAAUAAAAGAAGCAGAUAUUGAAAUAUUGAAAUUUAUUUUAUUAAAAAGUAAUAAAAACUUCACUUUUAAAGAUAAUGAAAUACCUUUAGAAAUACCAUCAACUAUUGAAAAAAUUAAAAAGUUAAUAGAUUAUUUCAAUGAAAUUAAUCAUAUUGGUUUCACUUCAAAAUUAUUUUUUAGAUUUUAUGAAAAGGUUGCUAUUAAAGUUAAAACAAUGAAAAACAAUGAAAAAUUGAAUUUCUUUAAAUCAAUUAAAAUUCAAACUACAAUUAAAGAUUUAUUAAAAGAAACUUUAGAUAAUUUCGUUCAAAGAGCUCAUUUUGAAAUUACCCAAUUAUUAAUUGAAUGUAUGGAUUCACCUUCAUUUCAACCACUUGAUGAUGAAUCUUUCUAUAUUCAAGAGAAAUCAACAAUAUGUGAAGCUAAAAAUUUAAAUAUUUAUUAUGGUGAAUAUUAUAAUGUAAAUGAUAUUAAUAUUCAAGAUUUAAUAUAUCAUAUAAAAUUAAUAUUACCAAUUUAUGAAUCAUUCAAUAAUAAUAAUAAUAAUAAUAAUAAUAAUAAUAAUAAUAAUAAUAAUAAUAAUAAUAAUAAUAAUAAUAAUAAUAAUAAUAAUAAUAAUAAUAAUAAUAAUAAUAAUAAUAAUAAUAAUAAUAAUAAUAAUAAUAAUAAUAAUAAUAAUAAUAAUAAUAAUGAUAAUAGUGAUGAUAAUAAUAGAGAACCAACUCAAUCAAAUAUAAAUAAAAAAUUAACAUAUGAAAAGAUUAUUAAUUUUUAUUUUCAAAUUUUAAUUCAAUCUAAAGAUGCAACAAUUAAAUUGGUAAAAGAAAUUUAUCAAUUACUAUCAAGUAAAUUUGUUACAAUAUAUCAUACACAUCAUCAUGCUUUCUUUUAUUUAAAUUUAAGAUCUAGAAAAUUUACAAAAUAUAUUUUAACAAGAUUAAAUUUAAAAGAUGAUUUCAUUCUUGGUAAUUAUAAUAUUCAUUUACCAGAAAUACCAAGUUUUUAUCCAUUAAAGAGUAGUUUAGAUAUAAAUAUUUUUACAUUUGAUUAUAUACUUGGUUAUAUUGGUAUUAAAAAUUUAAAUAAUAAUAAUAAUAAUAAUAAUAAUAAUAAUGAUGAUGAUGAUGAUGAUGAUAAUAAUAAUAAUUAUCAAACAAAAGAAAAUAAACAAUUUAUAAAUUCAUUUGAUGAUAUUUUAAAAGAAUUAAUGGAAAGAUUAUCACAUUCACAUGCAAAAAGAAUUUCAUCAUCAGUAUUUCCAGAUUUUUUAGGUAAAACUAAUUUUAUGAAAUAUAUGGAUAAAGAUUUAGAAUUUUGUUUAGAUAUUAAAAGAAUUGAUCUAUUUUUUAAACAAUUGGAUUUUAUUAAUGAAUUAAUUGAAAGUGGUAUUGAAAGAGGAAAUGUAACACCAUCAGAAGCAUUUUUACAAGGUUAUACAUUCUCUUCACCAUCAAAUACAUUAUUACCAACUAGUACAUUAUUUAAAGUUGAUGAUAAAGAAUCAUCAUCAAUACCAAAACUUCAAAAAGAGAUUGAUCCAACAAUAAGGAAUGGUUUACAUUUCUCUGAGAAUAGAUUAUACUAUUCAUAUUUAUUACCUGAUAAAGUUAAAGAGAAAAUUUUUAGGGUUAUGGAAAUUGAAGAUAUUAAAAAAUUAAUUGAAUAUAAUUUCUAUGUUAAAGCAACUCAAGAUUUUAUUUACUCUAGAGCAAUUAAAAAUAAUAGAUUCGAUAUUGCAAGUUUUAUGUUGAAAAAUUUUAAAAUCUCAUUCAAAUUUCCAAUUUUACCAAUUAAAACUAAAAACUAUUAUCCAGAAUUAGAAUUUCAAUUCCUUGUUAAUAAUUUCCCAGAGUUAAUUAAAAAUCCAAAUAGAUUUGAAAUUGAUAAAACCCUAACAAAUAAUCAAUUAUUUCCAACAAUGAUAUUAAGAAAGAUUGUUGAAUUCUUUGGUGAAAGUAAAAAUGAUAAUGAAUAUAUUAAAUUUGUUGAUGCUAAUACACAAGAAAUUAAAGAACAAACUUUGGAAAAUGCAAUCAUUUCAUUACGUGAAAUUAGAUACAAUGAACCAAUUGAACAUUCUUAUCAAAGUUUUUGUUAUAUAGAUAGAGAAGAAAUUAUCAGAGAUUUAUUUGAACUAGAUGAAAAUCAAAUCUUAUUAAAAUCAAUUUUUGAUAGAAUUCAAAAAAAAUAUUUAACCCAAUUUAAUCAAUUAAUUGAAAAAGGUGAUCAAUAUUAUACUGAAAGAUUAGAUAACUUUUUCUUAAAUUCUUUUAAAUUUGGUAAAAUUAAAUUAUGUAAUUUAAUUUUAAAUCAUUAUAAUGAUAAUAAUAAUAAUAAUGAUAGUAUUAAAUUUAAAUUAUUAUUAAAUUUUAUUAAGGAUAUUGAUGAUAUUGAAAUUUAUAGUAUUAAAUAUUUCUUUAAUCAUCCAAUUAUUAAAGAUAAUAAUGAAAUUUUAGAAGAAUUAAAAAAACAAUUAUUAAAUCAUCCAACUUUUAAAUAUUAUUUUAAUUUGAAAAAUUAG